GUUUGGUUCCUUCUCUUGUUCAGUGGAAUGUGUGUACAGAAAGAAUGAAUAUUUUGUGGUAAAAAGUUAACGAUGGCUCCUGGAAUAUCUACAAUCAAGAGAGGCAGCAUACAAGUGCAAAGGGCUGCUAAGGUUGUCAAUGACCGUCUCGGCUCCAGACAGCUUCUAUGCGCCUUCGUCACCACAGGCUUCGUCCUUUGCGGCAUCGUUGAGCAAAGCGCGUCGGUGGCUUUAAGAGCCAACAGCCCGUCUCCCUACACAGCUGCUGAGUUUGCCGAGUAUGUUGAGAACACCAGCUACAUCACGAGGUACUGCCAACAACCCGCAGAUGACCGCAACGACACUCGUGACGGAAAUUCAGGGGUGCAUGUGGUCAGAUCCAUUCCACAUAUUGAGAUACCAAUGACCAGGACCGAUGAGACGGAAGCGGUGCUCCGAGAAGCAUUUAUGUGGGGUACUCUGUUUUCCCCACUGGCGGCAAGUAGGGUAGCGGCUCGAGUAGGUGCGGAACGAUUGUUUGGGGCCAGCGUUUUGGGGGCGGCUGCACCCGCAAUCAUGGUUCCUGCAUUCUGGCUCACGCCAGGACACGUUGUGCUCAGGUUCCUGCAAGGCAUCUUCAUGGGAGCAACAUGGCCAGCCGCGCAUAUGUUAGCUGUGACUUGGAUAAAAUCAAAAUACGUUAGCGGUUUUGUAUCACUAUAUACCGCUGUAAACUUGGGGUAUGCAGUGGUAGGCAUUCUAGGAACUGUGGUGGUUCGCAAACUAGGUCGUGAUUUUCUGAGCUACGUGAUCUCUUUCACGUCUGUCGUGUGGUACUUCCUAUGGUGGAGAUUCGUCGACAUUUCUUUAUUUCCAAACAGAGUCAAAAGAGACGAACACAGGCACCUUCCAUGGAGGCGCCUGUUGGCUUCAAAACCAGCUUGGGCCUGUGGUAUAGCGGUGAUUGGCAGCCAGUGGGCAGAUGCGACUCUAAUGCUUGGUGUUACAAAAUACCUAAAACUAGUGUACGGAUUUUCAAUAGAAUACGAAGAUAUUCUUCAGUCGCUACCGCACAUCGGACACUUUUUCGCCGCUAUCAUGUUUGGUGUUGUAGUCGAUCAUGUGAGAAGCACUGGAUUAACGUCAACAACUACUUGCAGAAAAUUCUUUGUAUAUCUAUCUCAUUUCCCUCCUGCAGCUCUGAUGUUUGUACUGGGCUACACUGGCUGCGACCCUUCAGCACCCGCAGCCCUUUACACUGCUGCUCUUGCUAUGACGGGGGCCACUCCGGCUGGGGUUUUUGCUAGCGCUGCGGACAUCGCACCGAAUUUUGCAGGCACUGUUUUUGGACUUUGUCAAACGGUUGGUGCUGCGGGUCUCCUUGCAGCUAACUAUGCGGUAUCUGAAGGACUACAUGGAUCGUUUGCUGGUUGGUGGCGCCUGGUUUUCGGUUUUUCAUCAGUGACACUCCUAGUGACCGCCACCAUAUUCAUGGCAUUUGGAAGCGGAUCUGUGCAAGACUGGAACGUUUGUGGAGAUUGCGAGAUAGAGCUCGAUACAGUCGAAGAGCCGUCUAAGCUAGAAUCAGUACUGGAAUGAACGGAAUGUCGAUUUUGAUAAUAAAAUGUUUUCCAAAACGUUUUGUUUGUAUGGAUUGAAAGAGAACUCGCGUAAACAGUCGAAGAAUACUGUCAAAGUUUGAAAAAUUAACGAAAAUAAAGUAG